ACCCCAAAACACAUCUUUCAUAUGACAAAACCCCAAGACACGAAACUUCCUUAAAACCAACCACAAUAAAAAAGAACAAAAAACAUUUCCAAAACUCUCCUUCUUUCUUCUUCUUCCUUUCUUUCACUCUUCAACCUUAUGGGCGACGACGUCCAGGAAUCGGAGCUAAAACCCACCGUGGAAUCGGUGCCAGAGAGGCUCACCGUCGACGCCAUGCUGCAGAAGUAUUGCGGGGAGUUCGGGCCAUGGCAGCUGAGGAAUUUCUUGUUGAGCAAUCUGAGCUAUACCCUUGAGGCCUUUCAGACGAUGGUCAUGAUCUUCGCUGAUAGAAAUGUCGAGUGGCGGUGCUUGAACGGCGACUCCGACGACUGCAAUGCGGCGGCGAAAGAUGUGUGUGGGCUGAAACCUGGCUCGUGGGAGUGGGUUGGCAGCCGUGGAAGCUCUACGGUGGCAGAGUGGGAUUUGGUUUGUGGGAAUAAGUAUAAAGUUGGUUUGGCUCAGGCCAUAUUCUUCCUUGGUUGCACAUUAGGUGCAGGGAUAUUUGGGCAUCUUUCAGACUCUAAUUUUGGAAGAAAACGCUCCCUUGUUCUAGUUUGCAUCUUAAACACCAUUUUCGGCUGCUUAACAGCUCUCUCUCCCUCCUAUCGAAUCUACGUCCUUCUCCGGUUGUUAACCGGUGUUAGCACCGCGGGCAUCUCCCUCUGUGCUUUCGUUCUUUCCACCGAACCCAUCGGUCCAACAAGACGUGGCACGGCAGCCAUGUCCUCGUGCUACUUCUUCUCCGGUGGCAUUGCAUUACUCUCAGGCAUUGCCUACAUCUUCCAAUCAUGGCGCAAACUCUACAUCAUCUCCUCGGUCCCCUCUCUCUUCUACCUUGUCGUGGUCRUCCCCUUCAUCUCGGAGUCCCCACGGUGGUAUUUGGUUAGAGGAAAGCUCGACAAGGCCAUGAAAGUUCUAACUGCCAUAGCAAACUCCAACAACAAACACAUCCCACAAGGAGUCAUCAUCUCACUCGACAAAGAACAUAAACAACAACAACCAUCGAAAAACAAUCAGACAAUCAUCGACGUAAUGCGCUCUCCCACCACUCGCACGCGACUCCUCGUCGGAGUGGGGGUGAAUUUCAUGAAUGCAGUGGUGUACUACGGCCUGAGCUUGAAUGUAGUCAACCUAAACACAAAUCUCUACAUUAAUGUGCUUCUGAACGCCGUCGUAGAGAUGCCUGCAUUCGCGGUGACGACGGUGAUGUUGGGGAAGAUGGGGAGGAGAGGGGUGGGGAUUUGGACCCUAUGGUUCAGUGGGGUGUUUUGUUUUGUGGGGAGUUUGAUGAAAAGUGAAGGGAAAUGGAAAGCGGGGAAGAUGGUGUGUGGGCUAUUAGGGUUAUCAGGGAUGGCAGGGAAUUACAAUUUGUUGGGUUUGUAUUUGGCUGAGCUUUUUCCAACAGUGGUGAGGAAUGUGGCUUUGGGGUGUGCCUCUCAAGCCACUCAAAUGGGGGCCAUUUUGGCACCAUUUGUGGUGCUUUUGGGGGGAAGAUGGCCCUUUCUGGUGUUUGGAGGCUGUGGAAUUGUUGGUGGGCUGUUUCUUUUUUUUCUGCCUGAGACUCUCAAUAGGCCUUUUUAUGAUACUUUGGCUGGUUUGGAGGAUGGAGAGAAUAAUGCUUCUUCUUCUUCCAUGAAUGUUGUUCCCAUAAGUUUGAAUAAUAUUUGA